AUGUCCUCCCUUUUCGACGCCGUCCUCCAGUCCGAGCUGGGCUCAGUCGCCGGCUCUCGAGACGACCGACUCCAUUCAGACGCCCUGCCCAGCUCACGGCCUCAGCCGAUGUCCGAGAGCAAUGCUCCAAUGAGUGACGCCAAUGCCUUCCCGGACGAUCAGGUUCCCGAGACGAAUAGGUCGACGUCCACCCGCCUGCGAAAUCCUUACGUUGCUGGGGCCCCGCCAGUGGUUGAUCUGGCCGGAGAAAAGGUACAGCAGGCAUUCGAAGAAUUACUGGAAAGCUACCAGGAAGAAGCUGCGCCCACAUCACACCCCCCGCCCUCUUCCGCGCCGAUGAGCGACAAAUACUACAUUGCACAGAUCCACGGAAUGGCAAAAUGGGAAUUGUCGACAUUAUAUGUGGACUUUACACACCUCACGUCGUUGGACAACCCCAUUCUUGCGGAUGCAAUCGCAAACCAGUACUACCGUUUCCAGCCAUUCCUCGUCAAGGCCCUCCACAACCUGAUCGCGAAGUACGAGCCAGAAUAUUUUGUCUCGCACCGACAAGCCACCAGCAGCGUCUCAUCCCAGGCUGGCACCUCCAUGAUGGCUGGCGACUCUAGCGUUUCCGACGACCCCAAGUUGGCAAGAACGAUCCGUGAGAAGACCCGACACCAGCAGACGGACAAGCUGUUUGCCCUGGCGUUCUACAACCUGCCUCUGGUUUCAAGACUGCGACAGCUUCGAACCCAGCAAAUCGGAAAACUGCUCUCCGUUUCUGGUACCGUCACGCGCACAUCUGAGAUCCGACCCGAGCUUUCACUCGGAACGUUCAUUUGCGAGGCCUGCAGAACGGUCAUUUCCAACGUAGAGCAAACUUUUCGUUACACCGAGCCCACGCGAUGCCCGAAUGAUACAUGUGGAAACCGAUUUGGGUGGCGCCUCGACAUUGGAAAAAGCACUUUCGUUGACUGGCAGAAGGUCAAGCUGCAGGAGUCCUCACACGAAAUCCCGACCGGCAGCAUGCCCCGGACGAUGGAUAUUAUCCUGCGCGGUGAGAUGGUUGACCGUGUCAAGGCUGGUGAGCGGUGUAUCUUCACUGGUACACUUAUUGUCAUUCCCGAUGUCAGCCAGCUUGGCUUGCCGGGUGUUCGCCCUGAGGCCGUGCGCGACAACAGUGCAUUCCGCAGCAACGAUGCUGGAGGUAGUGGAGUCACGGGUCUCAAGGCACUUGGUGUACGAGAUCUUACCUAUCGACUAGCUUUCUUGUCCUGCAUGGUUACUCCUGACACAACGACCCCUGGUCAACAAUCGAACCAGCAACUGAGCGGCCAGUCAAACCGAAUCCUCGGCUCGCUGAACCAGAACCCCGACCCCGAGCCCGAUGAUGAUAAGGCGCAAGAGGCGUUCCUUCAGAGCUUGAGCCCGUCAGAAGUCCAGGACCUGAAGAGCAUGGUUCAUUCCGAGUACAUCUACUCCCGCUUGGUGGAUUCCAUUGCCCCGAUGAUAUACGGCCACCGACAGAUCAAGAAGGGACUGCUUCUGCAGCUUGUCGGAGGAGUGGCUAAGCAGACAGACAAGGAAAGCCUGCAGCUCCGUGGUGAUAUCAACAUCUGUAUUGUUGGCGACCCGUCAACAAGCAAGAGUCAAUUCCUCAAAUACAUCUGCUCCCUCCACCCCCGCGCCGUCUACACCAGCGGUAAAGCCUCAUCCGCUGCCGGUCUCACUGCAUCCGUGGUGAAGGACGCCGAAACAGGCGAAUUCACCAUCGAAGCUGGAGCCCUCAUGCUCGCCAAUGGCGGCGGCAUCUGCGCCAUCGACGAGUUCGACAAAAUGGACAUCAGCGACCAAGUCGCCAUCCACGAAGCCAUGGAACAGCAAACAAUCUCCAUCGCCAAGGCAGGCAUCCACACCACCCUCAACGCCCGCGCCUCCAUCCUCGCCGCCGCAAACCCCAUCGGCGGCCGCUACGACCCCAAGACCACCCUCCGCGGCAACCUGAACUUCAGCGCGCCCAUCAUGUCCCGAUUCGAUCUGUUCUUCGUCAUCCGCGACGAGCCAAACGAGGAAGUCGACCGCAACCUCGCCGAUCACAUCGUCAACGUCCACAUGAACCGCGACGAGGCCGUCGAGCCGGAAUUCAGCACCGAGCAGCUGCAGCGGUAUAUCCGGUUCGCACGAACAUUCCGUCCUGUCUUCCGCGACGAAGCCAAGACUCUCCUUGUGGAGAAGUACAAGGAGCUCCGUGCGAACGAUGCACAGGGUGGCAUGGGACGAUCAUCCUACCGCAUCACCGUCCGCCAGCUGGAGUCAUUAAUCCGUCUCUCCGAGGCCAUUGCAAAGGUCAACUGCGUCGAGGAAAUUGUGCCCAAGUUCGUCCGCGAAGCCUACGACCUCCUCCGCCAGAGUAUCGUCACCGUUGAAAAGGACGACGUCGAAGUCGACGACGACGAAGACGCCAACGAAGACGACGACAUGCCCGACCGCGACCGUGACGGCGACAGCCCCAUGCGCGAAGAACCCGAGUCCGCAGCCGCCGCUGAACCCGCUGAGCCACGCGCCAAGACAAAGAUCACGUACGACAAGUACAUGAAGAUCCUGAACUUGAUCGUCCGCCGUAUCCGCGAAGAUGAGGCGCAGGCUGGCGAGGGUGUCGAGCAGGAGGAUCUGAUAGUCUGGUACCUCGAGCAGAUUGAGGCGGAGCUCAAUGAUGAGGAGGAUCUCCAGCGGGAACGUGGUCUUGCGCUCAAGGUGCUGAAACGCAUGGUUAAGGAUAACAUCCUCAUGCCGAUUCAUGGCGAGGGGCUUGUCGAUGAGGCCGCUGACGCCCCGUCUGACAAGACAAUUUACGUUCUGCACCCUAACUGCGCGAUUGAUGAGGAGUAG